CAGACCCACUGGAGAGCAGGACCCGGUCCAACCCACUGCGCCACCGCACCCCCCAUUUACAGAAAUUCAGUUCUCAGAAAAAAGAUCAAGAUCCAGGGGUCAUGUGGUGUCUGAUCUUCCUCCUGCUGGAACUGCAGCUCCACCAUGGUGAUAGCUGCCCUUCCAGCUGUGUCUGCAACACCGAAGGGGCAGUCAACUGUAAGGGCAUGAUAACAGAUGUGCCUUCCCCUAUGCCUCUCAACACCUACCUCCUACAGCUCCAAGAUACCCAGAUUCAAAAACUGAGUGAGACAAGUCUCCUCGGCCUGCCUUUCAUGCUUCGCUUCAGCUUGAGUCAUAGUCCAUUACGAGUUGUCCACCCGAAGGCUUUCGAUUCCGUCUCGCAGCUUCGCUCCGUGAAGUUAACGGGGAAUGAACUUUCUAACCUCUCAAACAGACUUUUUAGUAACUUAACCAGUCUUCAACAACUGUUUCUAGACAAAAACAGGCUGAAUUCAGUAGAGUCAGACUGGUUUGAGGUCCUCCUUGACCUCACCCAGCUGGAUCUCAGUAAAAAUUUAAUCGCUCAGCUGGAUGAAGAUGUCUUUCGGAAACUCACUAAAUUACGCUUGCUGAACUUAGCCACCAACCUUCUACGAAAGCUGCCGGAGACCUUGUUCAGCUCUUUAACCGCACUCCAGUAUCUCUAUCUCUAUGAGAACCAUCUAGAGUUUCUCCAUGCUGGAACUUUCCACAGUCUUGUCAACCUUCUGGAACUCAAACUUUUCAACAACAGAAUAAGCUGUAUUCCACCUCAAUUGUUUUGGCCUUUAUCCAGUCUGAAGAUACUCUCUUUGUCUUCCAACAAACUCAACAUCCUUCCAAGAGAAACCUUCUACUUCAUGCCUAAAAUUGUCAAACUCAGUCUUUUCAAAAACCCUCUGUAUUUCUUACCUGAUCACCUCAGUGGGCAUAUGCCAGAGCUUGAGGAGUUCUACCUAUAUUCCACUAAUCUGAACAGUGUUCCCGAUGACCUGUUUGCCAACAUGACAGAACUGACAAAGCUCUCACUUAAUUUUAAUCCAAAACUUCGUCAUCUGCCCAAGACUAUCUUUUGUUGUCUUCCUAAACUCCAAAGGCUGUCUUUACAGUCCAAUGACCUGGAGUUUUUGCAUCCUGAGCUGUUUUCCAGUCUGAUCAGUCUGAGUACCUUAAUUCUACAUUCCAACAGGCUUCACCACCUCUCAACUGAUAUUUUUCAAGGCCUUCCAAACCUUUCAACUAUUGAACUGCACGAUAACCAUUUUGAAAGUCUUCCAAGCAAGGCUCUUUCUAAUGUGGUUGCACUGAGGCAUAUCUCCCUGAAAGACAACCCAUGGAACUGUAAUUGCAGCAUUCUUGACGUCGCAUAUUGGAUAAGGCAAAACUGGAAUGUGAUCAGUGAUUUUGAACAUGUUGUGUGUCACAUGCCCUCUUACUUAGUGAACAGGUCACUUGGCUCAAUGACCACCGAGUUACUUCAGUGCAGAAUUACAGUGACUGAAAGCCUUAUGAGGACCCCAACCCCUGAAGGGACAAUUUUACCCUCAAAACAAAGACCCUCCACCUUGGCUGUGUCUUAUCGAGCAACAGCCAUAGUUCCCGUUACGUAUCUGACGACAAGAUCAGCAGCUCCACCAACAUCUCCCACCCCCACCAUUCCCCUUACGACUACCAAGAACUUCCCACCGCAAAGGAGUCCCAUAAGGGUCCCUUAUAGCUUUAACAAGACAGUUGUUUUAGAGACCAAGCCUGACAUUGUUCAUAACAAUCGCAUCAGUGGUUGGGUUUACCUCUGGACAGCCCCACCCAGCGGCACCUCUGGCACAUUCUUGAUAGCCUUUCAUGUUUUCUUGAUGACCACAGGUAUUGCUUUGAUUGCUGCAAGUUUCUAUACACUAUACAGACUGAAAGGGGCAACAGGACAUUUAACAACAUGCAGCAGACCUGAGAGCAUUUCCAAGAAGAGAAACAAAUAAGCUACAAGCAAGAAAUGUU